UCCACGCGAAGAAAAAUCUGAAUGGGGAUACCUUGGUUCGAACGGUCCCGCUUAUUGGUACAAACUUAAUGAAACCUAUGCAACCUGUAAAGGCAUUAAACAGCAAACUCCUAUAGAUCUUAAGGAUGAAGAUUUUACUCAUCCUACUAAAAUUGCGUUAGACGUAACCAAAAAAACCGAUCUAAUUCUUUUAAAUACUGGUCAUAAUUAUCAAGUUCAACGGUUUGAGGGUACUAUUGAUAACCCAGCAUUGUAUAAAGAUGUAACAUUAAAAGUUGAUGGUGAAACAUAUUAUCUUCUUCAGUAUCAUUUUCAUAUGCCAUCAGAACAUCAUAUUGAAGGCAGAGAUUUAUUAAUGGAAGGGCAUUGGGUUUUCAAAACCUCGUCUAAUCAAGAUGCAAAACUUGCCGUUCUAGGGGUCUUUUUUGACCUUGGUGAAUGUGAAGAACCUGGUUUGAUGCCCAUUAUAGAGAUAAUCAAUAAA